UUUCCUCCCUUUCAUUAAGGUUCAGAAGAAGAGGUGUCCCCUCUCCUAUUCAAAGGUGUGCUCUCCAGAAGGAGAUCUGCCACUAACAAGUUUUGUGGACCGGCUACUCAAUCUCCUUGGGCUGUACUUUUUCAUGUAUAAAAUAUGGAAUUUUGUCUGGAUCAGUGUUUCUCCGUGGGCACAGAAAUUUCUGCAGGCAAAUUACUCCAGAGCAUAUUGCAGGACAACUAGAACGAACAGUUGAAUUCACAGCAUCUGGAUUCCUGAUCCUUUUCCGAAAUGGCAGGUGUGAGUGGCUGUAUAAAAUAUUCUAUGUUUAUCUUCAACUUCUUGUUCUGGCUAUGUGGCAUCUUGAUCCUGGCACUAGCAAUAUGGAUAAGAGUAAGCACAGAUUCCCAAGAGAUUCUCAGUUCUGGGCAUGCUGGCGCUAACCCCGAUGUUGCUGUGAACAUCUUGAUCGCUGUGGGUGCCGUCAUCAUGGUUCUCGGCUUCCUGGGAUGCUGCGGUGCCAUGAAAGAAAGCCGCUGCAUGCUUCUGUUGUUUUUCAUAGGCUUGCUUCUGAUCCUGCUCCUGCAGGUGGCGGCAGGUAUCCUGGGAGCCACUUUCAGAUCUGAGUAUGAUCGCAUUCUGAAUGAAACUGUCUAUGAAAAUGUAAAGUAUUUGAGUUCAACAGAGGAGAGUGCAAAACCAAUCCAGGAAGCCCUGCAAGAAUUUCAAGGAAAGUUUAAAUGCUGUGGUUUGGUCAAUGGAGCUGCUGAUUGGGGAAGUAAUUUUCAACAAUUUUCCAAGUCAUGUGAAUGUCCAAAAAUGCCAGAUGAUUCUUGUACAAAUUACGAUGGAAAAUAUGUUUACAAACAGCCAUGUAUUUCUUUCUUAAAAGAUUUCAUAGCAAAAAAUAUUAUCAUAGUUAUUGGAAUAGCAUUUGGACUGGCAGUUGUUGAGAUACUUGGUUUGGUGUUUUCUAUGGUCCUAUAUUGCCAGAUCGGAAACAAAUGAAUCUGUGGAUUUGUCAAGCUAUCAUCAGUCAAACCCCUUUAAAAUUUUGCUUUGGCUUUGUCAUGUUAAAUCUGUAAGUGCUAUAAAUGUCAGGAGCAGCUGUCCUAUUAAAAUGUCUCAUUUAGCUAGACCACAGACAUCUUCUAGACAUAUUGAACAUAUUUAAGAUUUGACGGAUGUAAGGAAAAUGAUAUGAAUGUUGUAUUUUUACUCAAAAUAAAAGUAAAAUUGUUAAAAUUGGU